UUGUCCUGAACUGUUUAUUCUGUAAAGUACAUUAGCUAGAACAUUCUCCAGUUAUUCAGCCUGUAGCGAUAGCUUUCCUACUUGAGGUUGUGGAGAACGUUGGCCUGUUGUCAGAUGCCAUUACUAAACGAUUCACAGAGCUUUACUCUGUCUAGUCCUCGUAGUGAGAUUUUUUAACCUUACAGUUAAUUCACAGACACUUCUCUUUUGCCUUUGUCCCGUUAACAGGCGAGUUUUUCCACAUGAAGACAUUUUAGUGCCAGUUCGUGAAGUUGAGAAAUUACACACUUCAGAAAAAAUGCCACAUUAGCUAUUUACAUUCCUCCAAUGAUUACACAAUGUCCUACGUAAUUGUCGAAUGUUGAUAAUUUACUAGUUUCUACCUGGUAGUAUCAAUCAGUUAUGUCUGUCCUGAUUGGAAGUAUCAGCAUAAAAUGAUCCUAAUCUAGGUUUACAUAGUAAAUUAGUAUUUUCAGACAGAUUUUGUUGUAACAGACAAAAAUCACAUCUUGAAAGAAUUCUUGGGUUGUGAGUUGAGCUUGGCAGGCGAUUUAAUGCCGUUGCAAGCAAAGACAGCAGCCGACAACAUAGUUCUGGCAGGGUCACAAGUUUACGUUUAAAAUCUCAUAGUGUGAGUGCUGUUGCGACACUCAGCUGAAAGCCAUGAAUAAGAGGGCAGCAGAGGAUUACGCGAAACAUCGAGGACAACAGCAAACACCUUGGUGACAAUGGAAACAUAAAUGAAACAUAUCCCAGAAAGUUCAGCUUCAUUCACCUUCAUCAUGGCGACCGUGGUGAUGGAGCAGAUUGGCCGUUUGUUUAUAAACGUGCAGCAACUGCGUCAGAUUCCCCAGCUGCUUGAGUCUGCUUUUCCCACACUGCCAUGCACAGUGAGCAUCGGCGAUGUGCCUCGCGUCUUCAGGGAGUCACACAUCCUCACAGGUUACCGCCCACCUGACCACAACUGGCGCUAUUAUUUCCUCUCUCUCUUCCAGCGGCAUAACGAGACGAUAAAUGUGUGGACACAUUUGCUAGCCUCGCUUGUCAUACUCGUCAAGUUUCAGGAAGUGUCAGAGACUGUGGACUUCCUGCGUGACUCACAUGCGCAGCCGCUCUUCAUCGGUCUCCUGACUGCGUUCACCUAUCUGACCUGCAGCUCUCUCGCCCACCUGCUCUCUGCCAAAUCCGAGCUCUCCAAUUACACUUUCUACUUCCUGGACUAUGUGGGCGUAGCCGUGUACCAGUAUGGCAGCGCCCUGGUGCAUUUCUACUACGUGAUAGAAGAAACAUGGCAUGCUUACAUUCGAGGCUUCUUCUUGCCCACUGCUGCUUUUAUGGCAUGGCUCUCGUGUGCUGGUUGCUGCUAUGGCAAGUAUGCCAGUCGCCGCCUGCCUAGGUUCGGCCACAAGUUCUGUCAGAUGGUGCCCUCAGCCCUGGCCUACUGCUUAGAUAUCAGCCCAGUGGUGCAUCGCAUUUACACGUGCUACAGUUCACAGCAGGGUUGCACCGACCCAGCUGUAACUUUCCACUUUUAUCAGGUCCUCUUCUUUCUGGUCAGUGCCUUCUUCUUCACUUACCCUCAUCCAGAGUGCUGGUUCCCUGGGCGCUGCGACUUUAUUGGCCAGGGCCACCAGAUCUUUCAUCUGUUUCUCGUGUUGUGCACGCUGAUGCAGAUUGAGGCUGUGCGCAUGGACUACACUGAGCGAAGGCCCUUAUACGAGCGCCUGCACGGUGACUUGGCUCAUGACGCUGCGGCUCUGUUCGUCUUCACAACGUGCUGCAGUGCCCUCACCGCCUUCUAUGUGCGGAAGCAAGUGAAAGCCUACCUUGAAGAAAAACAAGAAUAACCUGCCACCAUUAAAAAGCAGGAGUGAGGAGACUUGGGAAGGCGAGAAUUGAGUGGGAGACCUUGAGCAAAUGAUCAAACUGGUAUACUAAGUACAUUGACAGUUAGGGACCUGUUGUCAUUUAAUCCCAUUUUUGGAGGUGGGGAAGGGAAUUGGAGUGUGAGCCUUGUAUUUGUUUUUUGUACUACCAAAAUGUAUUUUUAGUCAGUGAUGUACUGUUCACAACAUUUAUAGUUUAAAACACACACGAAGACAGGAGACUAAAGGAAAUGAAAUGAGGAAUAAGAGAGAUUUUACUCUAUUCUAAAGGCUUGUGAAAGUCCAGUCGCAUGAAUGUGUGAUCUGUUUUGUGGGUGCAAAGGCACUGUGGACUGAAUUGCAAAAAUGUUGAUGGACAAAAAUUCUGACCCCACCUCAGUUGGCGUACUAUGCAUAUGUUAUUGUCAGUAAUGUGUUCAAAUUGUGAAACCUGAGCUGUAGUGAAACUAUUAAUACCCUGAUGAUGGACUAAAACCUCUAAAAAAUGUGUGGAAACAUUUUGCACCUAAUGGUCGAAUCACAACGCCAGGAGGAGGGGAAAGCAGAUGUAAUUGAGAACGCCAUUAGACACAAAUUUAAACAAAUAACUUUUUUGUUCCAAAAAUUUUUCCUUUUGCUGUUCUGUUGUAGGUCAAUGAUAUGAGGUAUUGGAUGGUAAAAGCAGCUGUUAUUGUUACAUAUUUUUUUGCUAGGAAGUUUGUGGGGGACGAUUGUGGCAGAGCGCAGGAUCAGCCAUUGAUAAGACACCUCUGAAGCAUGCAGAGAUAAAGCACUUGCUCAAUGGCCAGCAGUGGGAGUUUGCCAGCUUCGUCUAUAAGUUAAUGUUUGAUUUGAGACAGGUUACAUCCUUACAAAAACUAGGUACUACUUAGGUACAUAGUGUAUAGUAGAGAUGUGUGUGGGACAACUAAGAAUCUCAUCCUGCAGAAAUUAAUUAACUUGCAGAAAGUCCCAUCCUGCUCUCUCAGAAAGUUUGACUAAUUCCGCCUGCUCCUGUGGUUGGGUUUGCCUGUCUACUAUAUUUGCUAAUGCAGUUAGUUGGGUAUGUUUCCCAAAAUAUACAUAAAAUAGUAAUUGAAACCACUGUACACUUGUCCGGAAAAAGUAGUUAGAGAACACGAAUGACUGAACAUGGUGAAUGCAUGGCCGCUCCCAUGACUUUUUUGUCAGGUCUCACAGGAUCCCAGGCCUGACCAACACUUUUAUUGUAUAGUAUGUAGAAAAUAUUGCAUAGUACACCAUUCUAGACACAGCUGCAAUCUCAAAAAAGCCAAUCAAAUUUGCACACCAUCCAUGUUCUUCUUUUAAAACAUUCUCAGUGUGAUGCUUCUGAUCACGUUUGUAAAGCAUCAAGUAGCAGCAUGAGAAAUGAGAUCUGAAAUGAGUUUGACUCAAAGAAGCUCACUUUCUUGGUGCUUUCAAGGGCAUUUAGGGCAUGGCUGCUAGAAGGGACAUUUUAAAUCGGUUUUUACAUCCUUAAAUUGGCAGAAAAUACUGAUACCAGUUCUGCUUUAGUGUAUCAUAUUUAUGUAAGCCACAAAACAGCUUGAAGCUGACUGUUGACUUGCCUUCAUUCACCAAUUGUUGCUUAUAAGCUCCUGAAACCUGAAAAUGUUCCAUAAUUGUGUGAAGGCAAUCACUGAGUGUCAUGUGUGCCUCUAAAUACUGCCACUUGAUGUUGCCCUGGCUGAUUGAAAUCAAUAUGCCUGUUCUUUUCAGAAGAUGUGCCAAUAUGCUUUAUAUUCGUGCUUACGGCUGAUAUAUUUCUAUUUUGCACUGCAGUAAAACAGGAUAGUUUUCAUAUUUUACGUUUUUAUUUUUGAGAAUGAAAAGGCCGAAAAAAUUGAAGAGAUAAACAUUAUAUAAAGUUGAAAGUCCAUCCAAUGUUGAUUGAACUGAUUCGGUACUGAUGAGACUUUAUGAUGUCAAUUAUUAACACUUGGUCACAGGGGCUUUAGAGAAACGGAUUGUUUGCCCUUGAUUUUGUAAUUAUGUGAUUAAUGCUUUUGUCAUCAAGAUGUUAUUUUGGAACCCAAAGGGCUUACAGUGUUGAAUUUUGCCUUUUAACACUUCAUGAUGUCAAUGCUGUUGUGCAUAUUGUUACCUGGGUGAAGUGUUUAGUGUUGUUUAGUGUGUGUUAAUGUGCCUGAAUACAGUAUGUGCAUGCAUCUAUGUGAGCCAGUGAACGUACAGGUGUAGUGAGUGUGUGCAGUUUCUAGUUAAUACACUGCUUAGCUGCAUGUAAAUGCAGUAUGAGGGUGCAUAAUGGUUACCAGUUUAUUAGAGAUCUACCUUAUACCUACACUCAUUGCCUUUAAAAAAAAAUCACACUAGCCUACACUACCAUAUACCAUUGAGUAUAUGGUAUAUCAUGUACCACUGAGGUCCAUCGGUUUUUCAGUCUGACUCUACUAUCACUGGAAAGGGACCACAACUGGACCACUAUACUUUCUUAGACUAGACUGAAUUUUAUUUGGAUAUUGGAUUAUUCUCAGCACAGCAGGAACACAGAUGCACAGAUGUUGGUGGCACUGAUAUGAGUGUAUCAGGUACCUUGAGGAAGGCCUUGAGUCAGUAAUCGCUCAUCUACACUUGCAAGUGCAUGUAACUUAUAAAAUGGCCAGUGAAUGUAGUUACAAGGUAGUUGCACUUAAUAAACCAGCAAAUAAGUGUUAGAAGGCAUUUUUCCUUAAUUAGAUUUAGUUUUGGUUUUAGUUUUAGUAAACAUUCUUUUACGUUUAACAUUCUGCAUAUGCCAUUAACUUGAAAGGGUUUUUAUUGUGAUGGAUAACAUGCUACCUGAUGUUGGCUUAGUUUCCCCAAAAGAUUUGUAGCACAAACAAGUGCAAGACGAAGCAUCACUUUGAACACUCCAUAGCAGAGAUGUGCAACUCUGCAGUGCUUUUGGGAAACAGAGUGUUUUUGUUAUAUGAAUUAUUUGUUGUGUAACGUAUCUGCACCAGCAGAGUACCAUAAGUAUGAUGUCACUGAUAGAUGGACUCAUGGACCGAUGAUGCCAUUGACUGUCUCAUGAAGUCUAAUGAAGUGACUGACUGUUGGACCAAUGAUGAUUUCUGUGGCAGGAAUAUGUGCCAUAAAAUGACUGCAGCCUUUUCCUUGUUAAUUGAAAUAAUUGGUUUACUGUACCAGGUUUAUUAGUUAUUGGGACUAAUUUGUACUACUUCUUGAAAAGUAUGUGUUAUUACAAAAACUGCACAGUUAAUGUAUUUUUUUUUCUAUAAAUGCAGCUUAUUUACCCUGUGUAUUUGAGAGAAGCUAUAUGUUUGAGGACUUUAAAAUUAAAUGCUAUAAGGAAGAUGUACAUGUUAAGGGGAAGCAAAAAGCUGGCACCGUGUCAGUGUAGGACGAUGAGGUCAUCACCAGGCACGAGCAGGCUUGAAUAGCCUGUCAGAAUUUAGCUUAAUGUUUUUAAUGGGAAAACCCCACUACAUACAGUAUGACUGACACAACUAAACUGUGAAAUUGAUUUUGCAUUUAAUCUGGCUCAAAAUAGAAUCUGAGCAGAUUUUAAAAUACUUCUGUAUUAAUACAUUUAACUAAUAAGUUAAAUACAAGUUGGGGUUUGUGUUAUGGUCACGACCAGAUAUACAUCAUAAGAAAGGUUUGCUAGGAAAGUGUUUAGUGUCUCAAUGAGGUUAGCACUGGCGUUCACUGUUAAACUCUCUGCUCUCACUUUGACUAACAGUCAUAUGUCAUACUGCAGAGACAUGAGGGGGAGUAAAAAUGUCUGGGGUCUAUUUAAAACAGAGCAACAACAACAACAACAACAUCAACAACAACAAAACCAACAAUGUAUAAAAUAACUCAUGUUGCAUUGUGGAAUUAAAAUAAAUAAACAAGUGUUGUCCUGUCA